CACACCCACUGCAUCAUCCAUCCACCGACCCAUCACGGUGAACGCCUCGCCUCGCUCAUUAGUGUGACGACAGGCCCGAACAGCUCCAGCUUCGCCGCCGGCCGGCCGGCUGGCGGCGCGCCGACGCAUGUCCAGCCGCCGUCCAUGGACGACGCCUCGUGCGGCUACUGCGGUGAGCUGCGCGCGCUCCUGCACUGCGCCCAGCACGCGGCGCGCCUCUGCCUGCCCUGCGACGUGACCGUGCACGCCGCCUCGCGAAGCCACGAGCGCGCCCCGCUCUGCGACGGCUGCCACGCCGCACCCGCCGCCACGCGCUGCAUCGACCACGAGGCCGCGCUCUGCACUGCAUGUGCCACCGCUGCCUCGUGCGACGCCGAGCGCCACCGCCGACGCCCGACACGCACGUACACGGGGUUCCCCGAGCCGGCCGACCUCGCGCGCAUCCUCUCCUUAGGCACCCUGCCGCCGUCGCCGCUCCCGGAGCCUAACACAUGGGUCCCCGAUUUAGUCAACAUCGAACUACCCGCAGAACUGUCGAACAGCGCUUGGGGCAAUGGUAAUACCAUUAUCACUGAGGUUCGUAGUUCUAAUCUAAUCUUGGUCUUUGAUAAACUGAACAUAUGCAUCCUUGCGGCACUCAAAAUCAUCCUCUGAAGAAUGGCCAAUU